AUGGCGAAGAUCGAAACACAGCGACUGACAUGGUUCCGCUUGAAUCAGAAGACUGUCAAAGCUGAGAAGUAUCGCUGUGUCAUGGAUGCUGUGGAGAAUGGUGAAGAAAUGCUACCCGGAAAAAGAACGAUACUACCCCCAACUAUGUAUGCAUCUCCACGAUGGUACGCCAGGCAGUUCCAGGAUGCAAUGUCGAUCGUCAGAGAAUAUGGAAAACCAACCUACUUCAUAACCUUUACCUGUAACCCCAACUGGCCAGAGAUAACACAAUCACUUCUCCCUGGGCAAACCUCAUAUCAGCGUCCAGACAUCGUUGCUCGCGUCUUUCAUAUGAAAUGGGAGGCGCUCCUAAAUGUUGUGCUCAAGCAAGACGCAUUGGGCCACUGUGAUGCCUACUGUGCCGUCAAGGAGACACAGAAACGACACCUACCACACGGUCACGCGCUCUUCACGAUGGUACCAGCUGACCAGCCCCGCACUCCUGCCGACAUCGAUCGAGUGGUGUGUGCCGAGAUCCCAGAUAGAUCUAACUCAGAGCUCUACAGAAUCGUCACCCAGCACAUGAUUCAUGGCCCAUGUGGAGCACUCAACUCCAAGUCUCCCUGUAUGGAUGAGGUGAAAGGCGAAUGUACGAAAGGGUUUCCCAAGGAGCUCAGGAAUCACACAGUGUUUGCAGACAACUCCUUCCCACUCCACCGGAGGAGAAAAGAGCCAGACUCACCUGGGAUACCAUUCACCAAGACACUGUCUGGUGGUGUUGAGGUUUCGGUUGGCAAUGAGUGGGUCGUUCCUUACUGCCCCGUAUUGUCUCUGAAAUUUGACUGCCAUAUCAAUGUGGAGCCCGUGGGUGGUGUUGAUGUUGUCAAAUACCUGUAUAAGUAUAUCCACAAAGGUCCAGAUAGAUGUAUGGUCAGAGUCGGUGGCCCGGUUGAAGAUAUAACACAUGAUGAAAUCAAAAGAUAUGAGGUCGGUAGAUACAUCAGUGCCUCUGAAGCUUGCUGGCGCAUAUUUGACUUCCCUGUGCAGAAGAAGUACCCAGCAGUUGAGCAGUUGAGCAUUCAUCUGGAAGACGAGCAGCAGAUAGUCUUCAGCGAGGAGGGAGAAGUUCAACAUCUGCUUGACUCUGGUCCUCCUACUACCACACUCACCGCUUUCUUCCAGGCAAUGCAGCAGCAUCCUGACAAAAACGAUGUCCUGUAUCCAGACGUAUACAAGUACUUCACGUGGGAGCAGAAAACACGUACUUUCAAGUGGCGGAAGCGGGGGCGCAGCCACAACC